AAGGUCACGGAGUCCAUGGACUCUGCUCCUGCCUCGUUCAUAAUUUCACAAAUCAGAGAGAGAGAGUAGAAGUGCAGGAUGAAGUUACUGUCGUGACUGUUACGUGUGUCCAACCUCUACCACCCAUCUCUCUCAGUGCACUCUCGCUUUCACUGUUCUCUGAAAAAAAAGAAAAAAGGAAGGAAGGAGUUUUGAGUGUGUGCGAGAGAGAGGGAGGAACAAACACGGCAUAUAUAAUCGAGAAGUUGAGCGACUGUUGAUCAUACACAAAGCGCUGAAAACACUUUUUCAGGCUGACAGACGAAGAUGGUUCGGUGGUUCCACAGAGAUUUGUCUGGUUUGGAGGCGGAGACUCUCCUGAAGACCCGUGGAGUUGAUGGUAGUUUCCUGGCGAGGCCGAGUAAAAAGAACGUCGGUGAUUUCUCCCUGUCGGUCAGAGUGGGUGAAGGAGUGACACACAUCCGUAUCCAGAACACAGGAGAUUAUUACGAUCUGUACGGAGGGGAGAAGUUUGCGACUCUGUCGGAGUUGGUGGAGUACUACACCGGAGAACAGCAUGGGGUUCUGCAGGACAAAGAUGGAACCGUCAUCCAGCUCAAGUACCCGCUCAACUGCUCCGAUCCAACCACUGAGAGGUGGUACCAUGGUCACCUGUCCGGUCCGGAUGCGGAGAAGUUGUUGCGUGAGCGUGAUGAGGUGGGCGUGUUCCUGGUGCGUGAGUCUCUGUCCAACCCGGGGAACUUUGUCCUGUCCGCUCUGACUAACGAGAAGAACACUAAGGGCAAGAGGGUGUCUCACAUCAAGAUCCUCUGCACUAAUAACAGCUACUCCGUGGGAGGGAAAGAGGUUUUCGAAACGCUGUCCGAGUUUGUGGAGUUUUACAAAAAAACACCGAUUGAGGAAGUCACUGGAACCAAGGUUUACCUGAAACAGCCGUAUUUCUCCACCAGAGUGAACGCAUCAGAAAUCGACUGCAGAGUGAAGCAGCUGGAUAAGUCCAUCGAGCCACACAGCGAGGAAGCAGGAGACAAAAAGAUCAAAGCUGGAUUCUGGGAGGAGUUUGAUGCUCUGCAGAAGCUCGACACCAAAAUGAAGAAGAGCAGAGAUGAAGGGAUGCGGCCGGAGAACAAAAGCAAAAACAGAUACAAAAACAUCCUGCCUUUUGAUGAGACCAGAGUGGUUCUGCAGGGCGGAGACCCCAAUAUGGUUGGAUCUGAUUACAUUAAUGCAAACUAUAUCAAGAAUAAGAUGUGUGAGAGCUGUCCUCCAAAAGUCUACAUCGCGUGUCAAGGCUGUCUCGCAACAACUGUCAAUGAUUUCUGGCAAAUGGUGUGGCAAGAGGAGUCACGGGUCAUCGUCAUGACGACGAGGGAGGUCGAGAAAGGACGGAAUAAGUGUGUGCCGUACUGGCCCAACGAGGACGAGACGAAGGAGUAUGGGAAGUACGUGGUGUCGCCGCUGUCUGAGAGAGCUGCUGAUGAUUAUAAAGUCCGAGUGCUGGAGGUCGUACCGAUCGACGGGAGCGAGAUGGCGAGAGAGAUCUGGCACUUUCAGUACCUGAGCUGGCCGGAUCACGGCGUCCCAGAGAAGCCAGACAAAGUCCUGAGUUUCCUCACGCAGGUCAACAGCAAGCAGCAGGAGUUUCCCGGAGUGGGGCCCAUGAUCAUCCACUGCAGUGCUGGGAUUGGCCGAACAGGAACCAUCGUCGUCAUCGACAUGCUGAUAGACACAGUCGAGACAAAAGGUGUGGACUGUGAUAUCGACAUCCAGAAGUGUAUUCAGAUGGUGAGGGAGCAGCGGUCGGGGAUGGUGCAGACGGAGGCGCAGUAUCGCUUCAUUUAUCUCGCCAUGCUGAAGUACAUCGAGUCUCAGAAAGACCUCCAACAUGCCAGAAUGACCACAGAGACGGAGUAUGGAAACCUGUCCCUGCAACCCAAACAUGCUAAAGCCUCACGCAAAGUGUCCAAGAAUAAAGAGGAUGUGUACGAAAAUCUGGGAGCGAAGGGGAAGAAAGAUGUGAAAAAGCAGAAAUCGGAGGAGAAGAAGAGCGGCUCUGUGAGGAAACGAUAAGAGGAGAGUGAGAGAAGAAUAACGACGAGCACCUCGCCAUGUUCUCACCUUAUUCUGGGUCACACCAGCUCAUCACAUUAUCAUUAUUAUUAUUAUUAUUAUUAUUAUUAUUAUUAUUGUGUCUGAUUGAACUCAGGUUUGAGAUUAAUGAUUAAUUUUGAAAUGAUUCUGUAAACUGUGAUUUUAAUGCAAAUCCUCUUAAAAUAAAGUGUUUCUUCAACAAACUGCA